CCGACUCCCCGUUUACCGAAUCUGUUUCUCUACGGUUCUGCUGCUGCAUCCCGGGACAAUGUGACCCUGCACGGAUCACCUUCAUUAGCUAGUUGGAAACCGUUACGAAGUUUGGUCGGUCGACGUGCACGGUUGAGCAUUUCAAGAGAAGUGUCCACAUAGCGUCCCCUGCUGCGUUAUAGCGACCCAUUUAAACGGCUGCAGCUUGCCACAGCAGCGGGAGCUCCAUCGAGCCAUGCGACAGUGGUGCCUCCCGGCUGCGGCACCGCGAACCGAACCUCUGCCCACAGGGCGCCUCUCACCCCCGCUAUCAGAUGUCAGGAUGGAGUGUUGUGAGGUGGAGCCACGCUAUACCAUCGAGCAGAUCGACCUCCUCCAGCGUCUCCGUCUCUCAGGGAUGACCAAGCCACAGAUCAUCCAGGCUUUGGCGUCCCUAGAGCGGCUAGAUCCCGACCAGCGCCCCCCGUACUGCAACGACACACACACCGCCAACCCCAUAACCAACACUACCCCUACCACAGCCUCUGUCCCAGCCCCCUCCUCCUCUUCCUCCUCCUCUUCCUCCCUCUCCCUGGCCUCCGUCACCACGCAGACACCCGGGCUGGAUGGCGCCUCCAUGUCGCCUAGCAACAGCUACGAAACCUCGCCCCCGCCGCUGUACCCCCCGGCAGUCGGAGUUCAGAGGUCAUUCAGCUAUGACAUCAUGGCGGAGGAGGACUGGGACCUGGAGGAGAAGGUUGAGGAGUACAUGAGGAGGGACAGUAACCUGGUGAAGGAGGAAAUCAAGGCCUUCCUCAACAACCGUAGGAUCUCCCAGGCCAUCGUAGGACAGGUCACAGGUAUCAGUCAGAGUUACAUCUCCCAGUGGUUGCUGCAGCAGGGCUUGGAGAUGAGCGACUCCAAACGCAGAUCUUUCUACCGCUGGUACCUGCUAGAGAAGAGCAACCCAGGGCUGAGGUGGAGUGAAAGCCAGCAUGGCCCGGCGGGUCUGGGCCUGGGGCUCAGUGGUCUCGGCCAGGGGCUGGGCCAAAACCUGGGCUCUGGACCCAGGGCAGCCAGGAGAGGGGACAGAGACGGGACGGGCAACGCCGCUACGGGCGCCACGGGCACCAUGGCCACUACAGCCGCGACCUCCUCCACCACCUGGGGCAGACAGAGAGAGCUGCUGAUGCACCUGUUGCCAUGGUACACUGCAGCCGCCACACAGCCAGGUGCUACCCUGUCGAUGCGCUCCCUGGUGAAGGAGGAGCCUGAUUGGAGGAUGGGGGUCAGCCCCGGGGAGAGGGGCGGGGUGGUGGGCGGUCCUCUGAGGCUGCGGAGGGGAAGCAGGUUCACCUGGAGGAAGGAGUGCCAGUCAAUCAUGGAGAGUUUCUUCGUGGAGAACCAGUACCCUGACGAGGCGAAGAGAGAGGAGAUCGCUAAUGCCUGCAACUCAGUCAUUCAGAAACCUGGAGGCAAGCUGUCUGAGUUUGAGCGUGUCACGGCUCUGAAGGUGUACAACUGGUUCGCCAACCGCCGGAAGGAGAUGAAGAGACGGGCUAAUAUAGAGGCGGCCAUCUUGGAGAGUCAUGGUAUCGAGGUUCGCAGCCCGAGCUGUCACUCCAACGGGGAGGAGCUGGAGCCACAUGACUACGCAGAGCAAGUGAAUCAACGAUUCUUAGAGCAGGAAGAGAUUUCAUCUAGGAAGGACCUUGAUCAACAAGACCCCUCAUUGGCUGCCGUCAAUGUCCUUCCCCCUCCUAGCCCCGCCCCUCAGGUCCUGGAACACAAAGCUGACGAAUCGAAAAGGGAGACUGUGGAUGAGGAGUGACCUAUGGGAGAAGAGCGUCACUAAAGUGUGGAUUUUUACAUAUAUAUAAGGGAUUUUAAAAAAGAAAGAAAAAUGACUGCUCUGAGUGACUGUUCCCCUAGAGGUCUUCAGGGGUUAUGUCUGCUCUGAGUGUCUGUUCCCCUAGAGGUCCUCAGGGGUUAUGACUGCUCUGAGUGACUGUUCCCCUAGAGGUCUUCAGGGGUUAUGACUGCUCUGAGUGACUGUCCUCCUAGAGGUCUUCAGGGGUUAUGACUGCUCUGAGUGUCUGUUCCCCUAGAGGUCUUCAGGGGUUAUGACUGCUCUGAGUGACUGUUCCCCUAGAGGUCUUCAGGGGUUAUGUCUGCUCUGAGUGUCUGUUCCCCUAGAGGUCUUCAGGGGUUAUGACUGCUCUGAGUGUCUGUUCCCCUAGAGGUCUUCAGGGGUUAUGACUGCUCUGAGUGUCUGUUCCCCUAGAGGUCUUCAGGGGUUAUGUCUGCUCUGAGUGUCUGUUCCCCUAGAGGUCUUCAGGGGUUAUGUCUGCUCUGAGUGUCUGUUCCCCUCGAGGUCUUCAGGGGCUAUGACAGUCAGAGUUAAUAGUGGAAAAGGGUGCUACAGGUCGCUCUGGUGCCUCUAGUGGUAGGGAGGUCACUGUAUGUAUACAGUAAUCAUGCUUUAUAGUAAUGGCAAUAUUUAUCUCUAUAUAUAUAUAUAGUGCAUUCCAAGACUGUCUUAAACGAAAGACAACUCCUUAGAAGGAAGAGAGUUGUACCGGUAAGCGGAUAUAUCGUCCCUUCUAUAAGCUAAAAGCCUUUCUUUAAAAUAUGUAUUUGCGAUUUUUCUUUUCAAAAGGCAUUGACGAGUGGUUGUGUAAAAUGGAACUGUAGCUAAGUGGAGUGAGUAAGGAAUGUUUUUAACCUGCAGGUCAGGUGUGUUCGAUGAUAAGGUGAGUCGGGUGUGUUUGGUUGAAGCGAGCGAGGCUGAGUUUGGUUGAUCUCUGGUGUGACGAUAGUGUUUCGAUUUAAUAUCAGCGUGAUAAUAUCCGCCUUCUCUGCUCGCUUGAAUGUCUGACCUGAUCUUAGUAAACCUUGUUAGACUUUGGGCUCAAUCUAUCGAUCGGGUCAAGUGAUCAAUCAAGUCGUCCGGUCAGUGUUAACAGUCCAACCCUGAGGGACAAACGGAAUCUCAGGUAAACCCAAACAUGGUGGAUGAGGCUGAUGAAUCGUCCAAUAUUUCUCUGUAAUAAGCUUGUUCAAAGGAAUGUUUCAUAUCAUGUAAUAAUAUUGACUGUUUUCUGCCAAAACAUGAACACCCAGUGAGCAAAAAUGGGUUGAGAUUACGUCUUUUCAACUUGUUUUCCUCACUGCAUUUACUGUGUAUUAUGUACAGUUGAAGUCGGAAGUUUACAUACACCUUAGCCAAAUACAUUUAAACUCAGUUUUUCACAAUUACUGACAUUUAAUCCUAGUUAAA